AUGGCAGCUCUCUCGCAUCCUCUCACGACUGCCGCCGACAAACCGCCCCCAGAAGCACCCAGGGAGCCGCAGCUGUCCUUUCCCGCCGCGAACCACCACCACAAGCCUCACCACCAGCACCACCAGCACCGCCGUUCCUCGACGCCGCGCUCCUCCAUUUCAGAACGGCCGCCCAACGACCACCAUCUGCCCGCCGGCACUUCGCAGCGUCCCGCCCACUCCAGCACGCCGUCGAGCGGCUCUCUCUCCGGCAAGACGCAGCGUCCGUCGAGCCUGCUCAACCGAGCCGCCGCCGCCUUUGAUCGAACGCAAAUCGCCAUUGCCAACUUGUCGGAGCCCGUUAUCCGACCCCGCCAAUCCAACUCUGCGCUGGCCCGCCUCUCCCUCGCCUCCCCCGUCACCAAUUCGGAGCCCGCGAGCCCGGAAAGGAAUCCUAGCCUAAGGGCCGCGUCCACUCAGUCUUUGGCCUCGAGCGUCAAGGUCGACGCGAGGCAGUUGGCUCACGCUGCGUCGGCCAAAGACCCGCCGUCUCAGCCAUAUUCUGAGACAGACCCUGGUCACCCUGCCCCCAUCAAGCUGCCCGCGCCAGAUAACAAGAUGCAUCAAACGUCGUCGCGCUUGUUGCGCAUGACGGACGAUGACCGGCCUUUCACGAGGGAUUUCAAGGAUCUAUUUGCAACCCUGAUUGUCAGCCUCCUGCCGCUUUCGGCGCACCGGGUACGGUUAUCCAAAGUGGAAUACACCUUUCUGUCCGAAGAUGCCAUCAACAACCUCGGCUCCCUCAAGUUCUCCCAGUCCAAUCGCAUGCCCGAUCCCAAGGAUCCGUCGAGGAUAGUCACGACGACAACCACCACGACAUUUUCCAUGGCCAAGGACAUGGCACGGUCUAUUUGUCAGCGCUUCGUGGAGGCUCGCUUCAUCGAGUCCGCCGAUGGCAAGUACCAGCAAGUGUACAACAUGAAGGGUUCUGUGUGGCAGCUCACGCCGAAGGGAGUCACCGUGCUGGAUAGGUUCUGCGCGCGUAAUGGCAUCCAACAGAAGCAAGUCACGGAGCUGGCCGCCAUGAACUCAGCCCAGCUCGUCAUCCUGGAACGCGAUCAGCAGUCGGACAAGCUAUUGAACGACGUUGGCACCAUCGAGGUCAUUUUCCGGAGAUUUGUGGGCGCCGACGGUCGAAACAUCAAGUCAUCGGUGACAGCGGCUGACUCGGACUCGCUGCACGACUACAAGGACGGCCUGACUGGCGUCAAGAUGGCGGCCGAGCGCAAGAUCAAUGGCAAGGCGUACCGCGACACUUUCACCGGCAAGGCUACGGUGGAUUGGUUGAUGGACUGCUCCACCAUUGUCGAUCGCCGAGAGACCCUCGAGGUUGCGACCCUGUUCGUCGAGUAUGGCCUGAUUGAGGCUGUCGUACCUGACCGCACGUUUAUCGCUCAGAACACGGGCUUUAACCUGUUCCAGCCCACCAAGCACGCCAUCUACCAGCUCACCCAGCGAGGCAAGGAUCUGAUCAACGGCAACGGCUCACGGGGCCGGGCGUCGGAGAGCGAAGGUGGCACGGGCUCCCAGCGUAACGGCAUCACCCGUGACUCGAACACGCAGCGGCUGGAGAAGAUCCUCAACGAUGCAGCCCUCCGCCUCCUGUUCCGCGAGAACCUGCGCGAGACGCACUGCGAAGAGAACCUUUCCUUCUACAAGGACGUGGCCGAGUUUGUGCGCGGGUGCAAGGCCGCCAUCCGACAGGCUCAGAAGACGCCGACGGCCACGUCGAUGGACACCAUCAAGGAGAUUAUGGCUCAGGCCUAUGGCAUCUACAACGCGUUCCUGGCUCCGGGCUCGCCCUGCGAGCUCAAUAUCGACCAUCAGCUCCGUAACAGCCUGGCCACACGAAUGACCAAGGCAGUCGGGCAGGACAACACGAUGAUUGAGACGCUCCAGGAAGUGACGGCAUUGUUUGAGGAUGCCCAGAACGCCGUUUUUAAGCUCAUGGCCAGCGACUCGGUGCCGAAAUUUCUUCGCAACGCCAAGUAUGAGCAGCAAUUGCGGACCUUUGACUUGGAGUUGACCGGCCGCGCACCCGAGCGGAGCCAAAGCCGCUCCAACCGCAAAUAA